AUGAGGCGCUUCUCGACCGCCGUCGUUAUCACUGAUCCGCUGGUCAAGUAUCAGACUCGCGUGGCGGCUGGUCUCUACGCCCCGGACCCGGCUCAGCAUCGUCUCGCCUGGCACUUACAAAAGAUCUACCACCGCAUCAAGGACUACUCACCUCAGGCUGAGUACCGUCAGAGACUAAGAGAGGUGGCUCGUCUCACUGAGCCGAAAAAUGACCAAGAUGAAGACGACGGCAACAUUCUCGCGCUCCGGAAUCACUCAAUAUGGCGCAACCCGCUCUUCAAGCAUCUCCUAACAACACCAGAGGGGAGAGAGAGCCUGGCGUUGACUCGGGUUCUCACCAACCAUGAGACUGCUAUUGAGAUUGACUCUCCCAAGGGAUUGUUUCUUUCGGGCGAAGUAGGCACUGGAAAGUCGAUGCUUCUCGACUUGCUUGCCGAUGGCCUCCCCACGGAGCGAAAGCGGAGAUGGCACUUCAACACCUUUAUGCUCUACAUCAUUUCGCAGCUCGAACACCACCGGAAAUCACACUUCGGAAAUACAAAUAACGAGAGCGAUUAUUCUAUCUUGUGGGUGGCCAAGAAACUCGUCGACGAAUCUCCCAUCCUGUUCCUCGACGAGUUCCAACUCCCAGAUAGGGCCGCCAGCAAGAUUCUCAACCACCUCUUUAUUGCAUUUUUCCAGUUGGGUGGCGUCCUCAUCGCAUCUUCGAACCGCAUGCCAGAAGAGCUUCAGAACGCUACUGGUGUUGACUAUACGCCUGCCCCGUCCAAGGGCCUCAUUCGCAAGUUCUUUGGGGCUUCGGUCCGGGCCCGAGGCGAGCUGUACGGGUCAACCAGCGACUUUGCCAACUUCCUCGAGGUAUUGAAAGCCAGGUGUGACUUUUGGCAGAUGGAGGGGGCUCGAGACUGGCGGAGAAGAGAGGAGACCGAAGCGCCUGUGACUUUGGCCGGAGAUGCGAUCGAGGGUGAAGUGACGACAGUGGAGGAGGUCGUUCAAGACAAGCCCGACCAAGCCAUCAAGAAACCGGUCAACUACUACCUGUCGACUGACGAAGAUGGCUCUUGGCAGCAGCGGAUACAAGCAGCACUUAUGUGGUCUGGACCUGAGCCAUUGCCCUGGGAGCCAUCGAGCGUGGUCGUGUACGGCAGAGAGAUCAAGACUCCUCAGCAUUACAACGGAUAUGUAUACUGGGAUUUCGAGAGGCUCGCUGAGUCCUUUGGGCCUGCCGACUACAUCACAAUGGCUUCCACAUACCACACAUUCAUCAUCGACAACGUUCCAAUUCUGACACACGAGAAGAAGAACGAAGCCAGGCGGUUCAUCACACUCUUAGAUGCCUUGUACGAGGCUCGGUGCAAGCUGAUCAUCAGGGCUCGGAACCCACCAGACACUCUAUUCUUCCCCAAGAAGAAGAGCUCGGCAUCUGGAAAACCUGGGAACUCUGAUGAGCCUGAUGAUCUAUACUCUGAGACCAUUGCCGAAGUCUACCAGGACCAGAUGUCCCCCUUCCGACCCAACGUCGCUUACUACGACACCAAGUCGAGCACAUCAUCCUACGACCCAGACCAAGACUCGGACUUUGGGUUGCAGAAGAAGCCCGUCAACUUCAGCAACACGAGUGCUUUUACCGGAGAAGACGAGCGCUUCGCAUACAAGCGCGCCAUCUCUCGCCUGUGGGAGUUGUGUAGCGCACAAUGGCACGCGAGGACGGGAGAAUGGUGGCAGCCUCUCCCCGUCGACGCUCGGCACUGGGAGGGCGGUCCUGUCUCUCAGCGCAUUGAUCACCAGAUUGGUGCCAGCAGGCUCAGCAUGGGCGAGGGAAUGGGUGAGAGCCUGGAGGUUGACGAGAUGGCUGGCUUAUCGAAAUGGAGCGUGGAGCAGUUAAAGACUGAGAACGAUAAGAGCCCGUAG